AUGACAAGUAAAGGUGAAUUUUUUCAAAUGGCAGUGAGACUAAAAGCUAUUUGCUUCAUAAUUUUAGUUUGGAACAUCAUUGUUCUUGAUGUGAUUGAAGGAUUCGGGUCUAGUGGAAGAGCAAACUCUAUAGCUGAGAUCAGCAUUGCAAAGGCGCUAGAAAAACAAAGGUUGAGAGCAUUGCAACCCCAAAAGAAAGAAUCUCUUGGUUUUAAGCCAGAAGAGUAUUGGUUGAAUAAAAAAGGUUGCCCAAUUGGAACUGUCCCUAUCCGAAGAAUGACAAAGAAACAACAACAAAGAGCCAAAUAUGCCUCCCUAAGCUUGGCAAACGAAUCCCUCCCUGGCAGUAUUAAAGAUUUUGCAGGAAUAAGCAUUGUGCCACCUCCCCAAAUAGGAAGAUUCUUAGGUGCCUCCGCUACCAUGACUUUGUAUAAUCCACACGUAAAUGGACCUGGUCAAUACAGUGCUGCUUCCAUAUAUCUUGAAAGAGGAGUCGAAAGGACACAAGCCGGGUGGAUUGUGGAUAACGGCCAGAUAACAGGAUGUUAUAACACUAUAUGUCCAGGAUAUGUUCAUACAAGCGGCGAAGUACCAAUAGAUUAUGCUUUCCCAAAGGUCUCCUUUCCAAUGUUCGACAACUACGAAGUGGGAAUUAGGAUCUAUCUGGAUGAAGAUUACUGGCUUCAACUAUGGUUUGAAACGGAUGUUGGAUUUUGGCCUUUCAACAUUUUCAAGGAACUGAAAAAUGCUGCAAAUAUUGCGGGAUAUGGAUGGGAAGUGUUCACACCAGCAGGUGAAAUGGUAAGCCCUCAAAUGGGAAAUGGUCAAUUCUUGGCUGGCCUUCAACGCUCUACUUGUCAUAUGCGUCAAGUUGUGUAUGAAGGAGAUGUUCAAGAAUUUCCACCUGACCCUUCUAUAGUCACAACUCAUCAGUCUAGGUGUUACUAUGAAGGAAGUGAGAAUAAUGCCUUGGAUGAUUACUGGGUUUAUAAUUUCAUUUUUGGAGGUGAAGGUAAUUGCACUGUUCCUCCAAUAUAA